UAGGUGGUGGGGGAGUCGUCUGCUAUCCUAACCAAAAUAUUCCCGUUGGAUACAGUUUUUUACUUUGUUGUGUACUGUAGAUUCAAUAGUUAUUUUUAAAAAGAUUUUCAUAUACCGGAAUUGGAACAUGUAUCUUUGAUUGGUACAGACUGAAAAGCCAGCGAAACAAUUAGAUCACGGACGUCCUCUGUGCUACUCGAUGGGUCUUGUCAAGGUUGCAGUUGGCCUCGCAGCAGCAACAGGUGCUCUCGCCGCUGCUGUGUAUGGGAAAAAUCAACAUCAAAUUAAGGAUGCGAAAUGGUUCAGAGAAGCUGCGUCUAAAGUUGCUGCACAUGAAGGAGUGAAUGCAAUCAUCGGUCAUCCACCUUUAGAAAUGGGUGAUGUUUCCCGAUUUAUGGGUGAUAGAUAUGAACCUUUACAAGAGGUUGAGCCAAAACCUAUUUACAUUAUAGAAGUUCCUCUAAAAGGAGAGAAUGGUAAAGGAAAAAUGAGAUUAUACUUGAAUUAUCUUGUACCAAUAGAAGUUGUACGAGAGGAUAUUAAUGCUUGGAAUGUUGGUCUUAUUGAAUUACAAGCAGGCGACAACAAAGAACACAGAUUUAUUGUCAGUUGAAUUAAACCGCAUUGAAUACUUUUUAAAACCUUGUUGUUUUCUUACUGCCAGAAC